UUCUCUCAUUUUGCUCAUUCUCCAUCAUGCAAUUGACCAACAUUUUUAAAUUUUCUAAAAUUUUUCUCUACAGAUAUAAUAGGGCUCUAUAAUUUCUAUUCAGUAUCAGAAUCUCAGGAUGGUUUUCUUCUGUCAAAAAUCAUCAUUUACACAGGAGUACAGGACUCAGGUGGUGUCCUGCAAACCAGCCAUCCUACAGCUGUCCAAAUGUCAGCCACCUGUUGCCAGCAACAAGGGCAGCAGUGGGGCCCUCAAGGACUUGUAUUGUCAUGAAGUGGUGUUUGAAGACACAGUCUUUUUUCCUGAAGGUGGAGGGCAGCCUGAUGACCGUGGUAUGGUAUGCUUAGCAGCGUGCAGUGAGUGUGGGCCAGGGAACAGUGCAGAGCAGCAGGACUUGGAGCCAACUGGCUCUGCUCUAAACAUUAGUUCACUGUUGUCUUCAAACCCAGUGUCUGAGGUGAAGAAGCAGAGGUGCCCACACUCUGCUACUGUGCUGCGCGUCAUCCGCAGAGGUUGUGAGGCGGUUCACUACCUUGAUGCGGCUUUUCCUGCUGGAGCUGCAGUGUUGCAGACGUUAGACUGGCAACGACGAGAGGAUCACAUGCAGCAGCACUCAGCGCAACACCUCCUAUCUGCUGUGGCAGAGCGUGUAUUUGGUGCCCGGACCACCAGCUGGUGUCUGGGUCCGGACACCAGCAGUGUGGAGCUGGCAACAAACAGCUUGUCGCCAGCUCAGCAGCACCAGCUCGAAGACAAGAUAAACGCCAUCGUGGCUGCUGCCCUGCCAGUCACCGUCACCGAGUACGGGGAGAACGACAUGCUUCCCCCGGAGGUACAGACCAGAGGUCUGCCAGCUGACCACGUAGGUGUGGUGCGCGUGGUCAGCAUUGGAGGUGUGGACGCGAACCUCUGCUGCGGUACACACGUCAGCAACACUGCGCAGCUGCAGACAGUGAAGCUGCUUACAGCUGCGCCCGGCAAGCGCAGCGGCAGCACCUGCGUCACCUUCGUCGCUGGCACCCGCCUCAGGCGGUACAUGCGUGACUGCCACUCAAUAUUGCGCGCACUCAACCCUCUCCUCAACACGGGGCCUGAAGGCUACGUCGAGACUGUGUCCAAAAUACAGAGCGAUCUGAAGACGUCCGAAAAGACGGCCAGGGAGACGUUGAGAGACCUGGCCGUGGUGGAGGCUAAAUUGCUGCUGCAGAACGUAGAGGUCGCACGAGCACAACACAGCGGCACUGGCAGAGUUAUAAGCCUCAGGCUCGCCGGUUAUGCCGAUAAUAAAACCAAAGGAAACUUAGGACAUCGGGAAAAAAAGAUGGAGGGUCACUUAGAUGCAACGGAGAACGGAAGUUCCAGAAGAGCAGUGCACAAUGAUGAAAAUUUACUAGAUAGUGCAGUAGUCACUCAAAGUUCUAAAAUACCAUCAGAAAAGACCAACGGAACAGGAAAUGGACCUCCAGUUAUCGGGACGAGUGUCGGGGACGAAGAUUCGCUUGUGGUGCUAGUCUCGUACCACCGCAGGCUGGCUGACCUCGACUACCUCAGCGCCAUGGCCGCCCAAGCUGACGUGCAGGGUGUGGUGCUGAUGCUGACUGCUGGGGAGGAUAUGGGGCCUGGCGUGCUGCUCCUCACUGGUCCCCAGCACCUCAUCCGCCUCCUGGGCCCCAGGUUGUGCGAGGUUUUGGAGGGCCGCGGCGGUGGCAAGACGCGAUUCUCUGCCCGAGUGUCAGCCCUCCACCGCCGGGCUGCUGCUGCUGACGCUGCUCUGCACCUGCUGACUCAGCGCUGCACCUGCUGACUCAGCGCUGCACAUGCUGACGGAGCACUGCACCUGCUGACUCAGGCUGCACCUGCUGACACAACACUGCACCUGCUGACCGAGCACUUCACCUGCUGACGCAGCACUUCACCUGCUGACGCAGCACUUCACCUGCUGACGCAGCACUUCACCUGCUGACGCAGCACUUCACCUGCCGACUCAGAGCUUCACCUGCUGAUUCAGCACUCAACUCCAUCACAUUUACGUUGAAUUUUCCUCCUCACAAGAAGCUCGUGUUACUGUACUUGACACAAAACGCGUCGAAAUUUUCUUGUAACCGUGCAAAGUUUCGUUGAAUACAAAGGUCUGCACCGUGUAUAACCAAACUGUGCUCACUGAUCAUAUGUAUGUGAAGUCAUCUUGAUGCUCCAUCUUGUUAUACGGAUAGUGUUCUGUCUAUUCCGAUCACUUCAAGUCCAAACAAAACAUGUUCUAUUUUUUUUUUAUCACUUGGAAUCUAGGCAGGGUGGCCCAGUGGU